ACGGUGAGAGCAACAAAUAGCAGCCCUGGGCUCUUCCCAAUUUGGAGAAUGCAUUUUGGGAUAGGCAACCUGGAUGCCAUUUCUCUGAUUUUCACCCCCAUAUUUGGUUGACGAACAACCUUUAUUAAUGGAGAGGCCAGCGUGGGGUCUGCCACUUGAUCCAUCAGUUUACUUGACAAAGGUUGACGUUCAAAGAUCCAAAUAUCCUGUGGAGUAAAACGACUCAGAAAGUUGAACAAUGGGUGAUGCCGCCAUGGCAGAGUUUGGGCCCGCUGCUUCUUUUCUGAGGAAAUCAGAUAAGGAGCGUCUAGAAGCCCAAACUCGUCUAUUUGACAUGAAAAAGGAGUGCUUCGUUCCUGACCCUGAUGUUGAGUUCGUCAAGGCAUCAGUAACUAGUCGUGAUGGUGAUAAAGUCACUGUUCACACUGAAUUUGGGAAGACUGUCACUGUGAAGGAGUGCGAUGUACACCCUCAGAACCCGCCAAAGUUUGAUAAGAUUGAAGACAUGGCGAUGUUCACCUUCCUCCAUGAGCCCGCUGUGCUGUUUAACCUCAAAGAGCGUUAUGCAGCAUGGAUGAUUUACACCUACUCUGGGCUCUUCUGUGUGACGGUCAACCCGUACAAGGCGCUGCCGGUCUACAACCAAGAGGUGGUUGUUGCUUAUAGAGGAAAGAAGAGGAGUGAAGCUCCUCCUCAUAUCUUCUCCAUCUCUGACAAUGCCUACCAGUACAUGCUGUCAGACAGAGAAAACCAGUCAAUCCUUAUCACUGGAGAAUCCGGUGCUGGAAAGACUGUCAACACCAAGCGUGUCAUUCAGUACUUUGCCAGCAUAGCUGCUGCCCCCAGUGGGAAGAGAGAUCAAGCUGCGGAAAAGAAGGGUACCCUGGAAGAUCAAAUCAUUCAGGCUAACCCUGCUUUGGAGGCCUUUGGAAAUGCAAAGACCAUCAGGAAUGACAACUCCUCUAGAUUUCUCAAAGCUGAGAGGGACUAUCACAUUUUCUACCAGAUCUUGUCUCAGGCAAAGCCUGAACUUCUGGGUAAGUCUGCAACAUCGGAUGAUUUAUGGUUAUACUGGUUCAUGAAUUCUAUCAUGAAAUAA